CUAGCGCAUCAGCGUUCUGCGACCCGGGGAAUCUGACCUCGGAGCUGGACCGCGGGGUCGUUGGACCUCAAUCCAUCGUCGUCGAACAGCGAGCAGCCAACAGCCAGCCGGCGCGAUUAAAGAUGUCAGGGUUCGAAGUCGCCGGGGUCGUUCUCGGCGUUCUCCCAUUAGCAAUUGGGGCGGCCAAGGGGUACAUGGGCAUCCUCUCGUCAAUGAGAGAUGCCAAGCGAAACCUCAAAGCUCUGGUUCACGACCUCGAAACUGAGCAAAUCCGGCUCGAGACGACGUGCGAGGUCCUCCUCGACGGCAUCGUUCCCCCUUCCGCAGUAGACCGCAUGAUCCGUACCCCGCUUGGUUCCGAAUGGAAGCUGUACAACGACCAGCUCAAGUUGCGUUUGUGGACGACGUCCAAGAAAUUCGAGGAGCAAGUCACCGAGAUGCAGAAGGCUGUUGAGGAAUUGCGGGCUAAGCUCUGCAUGGAGCGGGAUGGCAGCACGAAAAUAACCGACCGCGUUACCAUCAUCCGAGAGCUGAAACAGAACGCAGCGUUUUCGUUAAAGAAGAAGGAUUACGAGGACAUUCUAAAUAGGAUCAAGACCGCCAACUCCAUCCUCCACGACCUCACAGGUCAGAACUGUGGGCUCGGGCCAAGCCGAAAAUACCGAAGCCAAGCUCGGCUCAUCGGGUUGAUCAGGGGCCUGGCCAGAGGAAUCUUUAAUGGCCUCUGUAGCGCAACUUCGACCUGCUGCUGUGCUAAGCCUCACGACGUCGGGCUCGAACUUGAGCCCCGGGAUGCCGUCAUCGUACCAACAGACACCGACGACGAGGUAGGGAAGAAAUUCGACUUCCAUGUGGCCUUCGGCUCGAAGAGAGCGCCGGAAAAUGCGGGAACCGCAUUGGUGACCGCCUGGGAGAGGAUCUACGCUAGGCUCGCCGAUGACAUUGCGCUCGCACCGACUUGCAAAACGGCCACCGUACCCAUCGCCGCGCCGCAAAAGACUACCCAUGGCACGGGGUGGGCGAAAUCUUUAAGUUUGAGAUCAGCCAAAAACUCACUGUCCUUCUCGGCGGACACACAGACCCUGGUAGAGGUGUCACCAAGCCUGGCUGUGGCGCCCGUGACACCCGCGAACACUUCUUCCCCAUAUGCCCAUCUCAAAAUCUCCGAGCUAUGUCAAGUCAUCGUCCGGAGCCCGAAGGCGCCCGCGGUGGACGGAUACGGCGUCAUCACAAACGUUGAGCGCAACUUUCAGCUGCGACCGCCCGAAAAUGCCUCGAGCGACAGUCACACCGCUAUCACACUUCGGGAGGUGCUGUCCGCCGGAAAAGACACGACCUUACCACCGUUUGAAUACCCUGAUAAGCUCAGAAUCGCUUUGGCUCUGGUCGUCAGUGUUCUCCAUCUUUAUAAAACGCCCUGGCUCCCGACUAUCGUAACAUUGGACGACGUCCUGUUCCUCAGGGAAGGAAACGCUCCGCAACUGUCCUGUAUAGGGUACCGACCAUUCGUAGCUAGGAACCUCAAAGAUGGCCCGGAAGCUGCCCAAGCACCUAGAGGCCCGAGACCAAUGAACAUCACGGUGUUAUCCCUCGGCGCUUUAUUGAUCCAGCUGAUCGUCGGCAAGGUGUAUGACUCCCUGGACAUGAAGGGGAAUAUGGACAUGGAGUCGAUAUUGUCCAAGUACGAAGCAGCAAGUCGGUUCAACGGCGAAGUUAUGACAAGCGGGGGGAUAAAUUACGCGUCAGCAGUCAAGUGGUGCCUCGGGACUGUGCUGGAAGUGGCAGGGCUGGAAGACGACACCUUCUGUCAGAAGUUUUACGGCGCAGUUGUUGCGAAGUUGGAAGACGAUGCGAAAUUGCUCACACCGGCUUGACUUUUUGUUUUUUGGCCGCGUACGAUACGAUUUAGUUGGGGAGGUUACAAAUGAUCGGUACGGAGUAGAUCGUCGAGUACAACCAAGAGGCCGCGCCUGGCCGCACCGCAGGUGAAGAACAUCCAAAAUGCGCCCGCGUUCUUCAAAUCUCGCACCUCGUAUGUUAACCGCCGAUUGCCUCUCGCAGGUUUUUAUUCUCCCUCCAAAGGCUUUCCAGCUCCGACUCAACACCUGCUCUCUGUCCUCCGGGCGAAUCAGACUGGACGAACGCCCGUAUCCUCAAACCCACCACCUGUCAAAACAGUU